AUGGGGGAAAUUCGCCACCUGCAAGGGAGUAUUGUGACUCAGGUGUACUUUGACCAUGGCAUAUUAGAUGAUACAAUCUACUUCACCAAUGAAGACGUGUUGGGAGGAGUCCCACUGAAGGAAGGAGAUGUGGUCAACUGCACUGCAGUUUGUGAUCGAGCUCAAGGAGGGUGGAAGGCGUUACGGGUCGAGAAAAGUGCAGACGCUUGGGAGAAUGGAGGAAAAUCCUCAACAGAAGCGGACUCAUUGCAGCUUCGGCCUCUAAUUGGCACAAUUACAGCAUUUGAUAGAGAUGGAGGCUACAUUAACAGCAACACCUAUUUCUCAUGCCACAGUCUUUUGGAAGGUUAUGAGCCAAUGAAAGGAGACUGGGUCCAGGCAGAAUAUUUUAUCAAUCCAUGCAACUAUGCCACCCAAGCUAAAUCUGUGGCUCCCUUACGCUAUUGUCGCUUAGACCAGGUGCAUGUGACAAGUUUGAAUGGUAACAUGGGAGUGGUGGAUGACAGUGUUUUCUUCAGCCUGGACUCUGUCCUUCUGCCUGCUAACUAUCAACCUUUGCAAGGCCACUUGGUUAAUGUGGUAAUGGUAGAGAGUAGUCAGUCUUUUUACAGCUGGCGGGCUCUGUGCAUGGCGCCCUGCCAUCAGAGUGUGAACUUUGCUGAUAAGCCUCAUCCAGAAGCUGAACUCAAGUGCAUUUUGGAAAACAAAGGAGGGCUGGAUGUAACCGACUAUGGCUGUUUUGGGGACUUAAUGAUUGGGGAGAAAAGAGAGCUGGUGCUCUGGAUUCAAAACAAAGGUUUAAAGACCCACACGCUGAAGUGCUGUGAAUUUGCUGGCUGGGACUUGAAGGAACAAUUCACCGUGGUUAAUGUCAAAGGGUCAAAACCACUGUCGCUAAAUCAAGAGGUUUUGCAGGAAAACUGCUCAGUGUCUGAGGCUGCUAUUGGGUCAUGUGCAAAAGAAGAAGAUGAUGAAAUGCUGAAGGAGGCUACCCACUUCCAUGGUGUAAGAAGAGAAGAAAGCAAGUUGGAUAUUCCUCCAGGAGAGAGAUUGUCCGUUGCUGUUGCCUGCCAAUCAAAGUGCCUAGGAAGUUGCUCUGAGCUGCUGCUGUUGCACUUUUCCUCGUUCACCAUUGGGAGGCGCCUUGAGGUCACAGUAAGAAGCAAAGUGGAGGAGCUGCUGAAGCCCUCUUUUCCUUAUAGUCCACUUGAUGCCCAACCAUUCCCACCAGUGUCUGCUUAUGAUCACGUAAUCACUGUCCCUGCACCAAGAGAUGCACCAAGGCUUACUAAGCGGAAGCUGCCAAACUUUCUCCCGAACUACCCUGUGCCACAGGGUCUUAGAAACUGUGUAGAAAUGCAUAGAGAUGUGCUGGUGGUUCAGCCCUGUCUAGGAGAGGUGCUGUCGCCGUCUAACUUGCAUUCGCGUUUUUCCACCCUUCUGUGGCUUGAGGAGUUGCAUGCAGAGCAGGAGGUGAAAGAAUUCACAAUCUAUGGAGCCAGUCUCAGAAAAGGAGCCACCUACCUGCACUUAGAGGUUCUAGGUUUGGCUGAACACAGACCCAGUCUUUAUAUAGGUGACAGAGUAGUGUUAAAGAAACCACAGAGUGAUGGUGUGGUAGUGAAGUACAUUAGUUAUGUCACAGAGAUCAAUAAUGAGGAUGUGAGUCUUAAAGUACACUCAGAAUUCCAGCGCAGCUACCUUGGAGAGCCACUAGAUGUUGAGUUUUCUUACAACAGAUUGACCGCACGGCACUGUCACUUUGCGCUUGAACAGGCUAAGCAGUUUAGAGACGUUCUCUUUCCAUCAAGAGUUAUUGUUCAGGCCCCGCAGUGGACAGGAGAGUGGAUAGAUGAAUCAGAACCAAACAAAAAGACUGAGGCGAACGAGGCUCCAGCCGUGGAAAGUGGAAACAUGUCGAACAUUUCAAUUGACAUGAAGUCCAAGUCCACACAGACUAAAGAUGGGAGAAUGCCGUCCAAACCGCUGCCCAGCAAAGGACACUUCUUUAACCCCUAUCUCAACCCCUCUCAGAAAGAGGCAGUGAAAAGAAUCUUAGUGGGAGAGUGUCGGCCCACCCCUUAUGUAUUGUUUGGACCCCCAGGCACUGGAAAGACCAUCACCCUUAUUGAGGCCAUACUACAGGUGUACCAUUUUCUGCCCAGUAGUCGGAUACUUGUUUGCACUCCAUCCAACAGCGCUGCUGACCUCAUCUGCAUCCGUCUACAUCACAGUGGUUUCUUGGGUGCAGCAAGUUUGGCUCGUGUCAAUGCAUCCUGUAGGCAUGAAGAGUCCAUCCCAGAAGUGUUGAGACCCUACUCGAGUGCAGGAGAAGAUGUUCGUCAUGCUGCGUUUCACAGGAUUGUAGUCAGCACCUGUGCCAGUGCUAGCAUGUUCAACAAAAUAGGACUACAAGUGGGCCAUUUUUCCCAUCUUUUCCUGGAUGAAGCUGGGCAGGCCACAGAACCGGAGUCCCUGAUCCCGAUAAGUCUUAUGUCAGAGAAAGAUGGACAGAUUGUGUUGGCUGGAGAUCCCUGUCAGUUGGGUCCAGUAGUGAAAUCAAAGCUGGCAGCUGCCUUUGGUCUGGGUGUUUCCCUGUUGGAGAGGCUGAUGGCCAACCCACUGUACUCUAGACACGACUGGGGAUACAACCCUAAACUGGUGACCAAACUGUUAUACAACUACCGUUCUCACGAAGCCUUGAUUGCGCUGUCGUCCAAGCUCUUCUACCAUGGUGAACUGUGUGUGAAAGCACCCAGGGCUGUUGUGGACUCCCUGUGUCAAUGGAAAACCCUGCCUAAAAAAGGCUUCCCACUUCUUUUUCAUGGAGUCAGGGGCACAGAAAUGAGGGAAGGAAACAACCCAUCAUGGUUCAACCCAGUGGAAGCAGUGCAGGUCAUGCUCUACUGCUGCCAGCUGGCAAAGAAGCUUUACAACCCUGUGGAUACCUCUGACAUUGGCAUUAUUACCCCCUACAGGAAACAAUGUGAGAAGAUUCGUUUGCUGCUGGGUAAGGUGGGCCUCUCUGACAUUAAAGUGGGCUCUGUGGAAGAGUUCCAAGGACAGGAGUUCCUGGUCAUUAUCUUGUCUACAGUGCGUUCAAAUGAAUCGGUGGAUAAUAAUGACUUGCAAAGUGUUCUCGGCUUUCUGGCCAAUCCCAAGCGCUUCAACGUGGCAAUCACUCGUCCCAAAGCCCUGCUUUUAAUAGUUGGAAACCCCCACAUUCUCAUCAAGGACGCAUGUUUCAGGGCACUACUGCAGUAUUGUUUCAUCAAUGGGGGAUAUCUGGGCUGUGACCCCCCUCCCUCCCUCAGAGACUCUCAAAGUUGUCUGCACACCUCGGCGUGGCAGCGUCUCCCCAUAAGGCCCGGAGACUGGAUGUGA